GUCUCCAGCGAUACGUCGCUGCUCCGGAAAUACAACAAAUGACCCCUGCUAGCUAGCUAGCUGUCACAUUUCCACGGUUGGGUUUUUCUGAUUUAUUUCUGGACGUGUUUUCACCUCGGCGUCGAAUAUUUGACUGUAUUUAACGUCUUUAUAAGGGUGAAUUUGUCGCCAUGUUUCUCACCCUCGCCCUGCUGCGGAAAGGUAUUCCCGGGAAGCAGUGGAUCGGGAAGUAUCGCCGUCCACGGAAGAUCACGUGGCAGAUGAAAAGCAACACGCUGAAGCAUCUGGAGCGUGAAGCUGAGAACGAGUACUGGAUCAGCCGCCCGUACAUGACAAAGCAGCAGGAGCAUUCCCACGCCGCGGAGCGCAGAGCUCAAAACUGGCUGAAGAUCAAAGACACCAAUUUUGCCAAAUUUCCUGAGCACAAGCACAUAACUGAUCACCUGAGUCAUCUAAGAGUCACCAAGUCGUGGUCAAGUUAACAUCGGCAGCCAGAUAUAGAUGGAGAGACUGGUUUUAUAAAGUAACAAAGUGUUUCCUAAUUUAUGUUAAGAAGACUUUUGCAUCAUCUGAACGGUGUUAUUAACAUAUGAAUGGUAGAGCCUGUCUGUCUGCUUAAAACAUUGCUCUUCUGUGAUUCUGGUUGUUUAAAAAAAAUAAUAAUAAAAUCUUCAUUGUU